AUGCGAGCGGCGGCGACGGCGGCAUUACCGGGCUCGCGAGCGUGGUACGGGAUGGCGGGGCGGGAGCAGGAUGGCGACGGCGGGGAGGCGGCGGCAGGCUCGGUGCUAUCCGGCGAGUACCAGGCGCAGGAGAUGUCGACGAUGGUGUCGGCGCUCGCGAGGGUCGUGUCCGGCGGCGACGGCCGUUGGGCCGACGACGGCUGGGAGGACCACCCGGCAAUGGGGGGCUACGUGCAUGCGCAGGGAGGCUACUAUCCCGCCGCGCCGACACCGGAUCAGCUCGCAGCAGGACAGGAGCGGAGCCCGGACGUGCAGAACGCAGCCAUGGGGGAGCAGUACCCGCACACGUACGCCGGCGGCGGCGGCGAGGCGGCGGCCGCGGAGCAGGCGAGCGUGCCGGAGCGGCGGUACCGCGGCGUGAGGCAGAGGCCGUGGGGCAAGUGGGCCGCAGAGAUCCGCGACCCGCACAAGGCCGCCCGCGUGUGGCUCGGCACCUUCGAGACCGCCGAGGCCGCCGCGCGCGCCUACGACGAGGCCGCGCUCCGCUUCCGCGGCAGCCGCGCCAAGCUCAACUUCCCCGAGGACGCGCGCCUCACCGCCCCGGCACCCACCGCGAGCGCAGCGCCGACGAUGGCCUCCUCGGCGGCCGCCUACCCCGCCAGCGCCGUCUCGGACUACUUGCAGUACCAGAUGCUUCUGCGCGCAGGGGGUGGCGGGUUCCCGCCGUACUACGGCGGCGGCGGCGGCGGCGGCAUCAGUGGCUCCUCUUCGGGGUCCUACUCGUUCCCGGAGUCCUCUGUGACGGUGGCCUCCGUGCCGUCCUCUGCGUCCUCUGCUUCGGGUUACGGCGGCGCGGCGGCGGAGCACGGCGACGCGGCGCAGUGGGCAUGGCCCGCGGAGACUGCAUGGACCUACCCGGCGACCACGGGCUCGUGGUCCGGUUCGAACCAGUAUCCGCCGCCACCUCAAUAG